AUGGUCCCCAAGCCCUCCAUCGCUGGGCAGCUGGCCCUCCUCGCUUCCGUGGCCACUGUCACUGCCGCGCCGGCCCCAGGAUUCGCCAGCGACGUUGCCGACAAUACGUCUCAUGUCUUUGCUCGUGCCGUCAAUCCUCCCACCGCGCUGCCCCAGAGCGCCACAGCCAACGACCUUCGGUGGCAGCCAGCGCUCGACUUUGACACGGACGGCUGCUACAACGUCCCAGCCAUCGACGCGGCCGGCUACAUCGCCGAGGGUCUCGACAACAACUGGACGGACCUCGCGUCCGACUGCAGGGACAUGUCCGAUCUGGACAACAACAAUGUGUACGCCCGUCAACGCUGCAAUAAUGGCUGGUGCAUCUACAUGUACGGCUAUUACUUUGAAAAGGACGUGGCCAUUCCCUACUUUUGGGACGCGGGUCACCGGCAUGACUGGGAGCACAUUGCCGUCUGGGUCAAUGGCGACGGUGCUCAGUAUGUGGCAGCGAGUCAACACGGGGGCUGGGAAAUCAAGCCGGCCAGCGAGGUGCGGUGGGAGGGCGAGCAUCCCAAGGUCGUCUACCACAAGGACGGGCCGUCGACGCACUGCUUCCGCUUUGCGAACACAGGAGACGACAGCGUCGAGAACCACAAGGGCUACUGGUUUCGCGGCUCGCUGGUGAGCUACAACGGGUUUCCGGGCAGCACGCGGGAGAAACUGUUCAGCCACGACUUUGGCAAGGCAACCAUUGGUUUCAAGGACUCUACUUUUGAGUCGCAUAUCGACAAGGCGAUCCCGAGUGGCGUGACGUUUGACAGUGGCCGUGAUGAAGGUUCUCCUGGCUAUCCCUAG